AUGAGUGCUGCGGAGAACAAGUGCUUAUCGCAAGGAUGUCUGAUGCAUCUGCUGUCUAGUCAUGGGGACCAUUUCUUCGGAUACACAAAAGAAGAGCAGGAGCUGUGGAGCGAACACAGCGACGCGUGUGCCGGGAAGUACCAGUCGCCUAUCCGCAUCAUCAGCCACCGGGCGCAGAGGCUGCCCAUCCCGGCGCUCGAGAUGGUCGGCUUCCACAACCUGCUGCCUGGGCCCGUCGUCGCCACCAACACCGGACACUCGGUGUCCCUGCGGCCGGCGGUGACGGGGGAAUCAUGGCCGAAGGUGUUCGGUGCUCUGCUGCUCCACGAGUACCAGCUGGAGAGCUUCCACUUCCACUGGGGCCACCGCUUCUCCAGGGGCAGCGAGCACGUCCUCAACAGCAUCAGGUUUCCGAUGGAGAUGCACAUCGUCCACCGCAACAUGAAGUACUCGUCGCUGAAUGAAGCCAUGCAGAAACCAGAUGGGCUCGUCGUCCUCGCUUUCUUCUUCCAGGCCCAGGAGAAGAACAACCAUGCGCUACGGCCCAUCCUGGAGGUGCUGGAGCGCGUCAAGUUCCCCGGCGACAGCUCGCCACUGCACGUCAGCUUCUCACUGUCGUCGCUGUUGACCGCCGACAUGGACGCCUUCUACACGUACCGCGGCUCGCUCACCACGCCGCCCUGCUCCGAGUCCGUCACAUGGGUCAUCUUCCCGGAUGCGUUGCCCAUCUCCUUCAACCAGAUCAAGAAGUUCCGACGUAUCUAUUCUUCAGGUGAAGAUCGUAUGGUAAACAAUUUCCGUGUUUUGCAACCUCUCAACAGUCGGAAUGUCUUUGUUCGCAAACUGUGGAAGAUUGAGAGCUACAACCUUACUAGCCAUGAUUCGGUGUCAUGGCUCAGUUAAGCUUGCGCCAAAAAAGUUCCACGUUCCUACAGCACUCAACUAUCGAAAGACUAGCAAGAAAGUGCACUGCCGUUACAGUGAACAUGCCUACAUUUACUGUCAUGCUGAGGCAGCUCACAACCUGUUGUAUGUAUUUCCUUGAAUAAGAAUGUAGUGCAUACAGCACUGUGUGGAAGCAAUUUCUAUUAGUAGUACAAUGCUGUAUGUGCUUCUUUUAGACAACAGGUCAAGCGGAUCAGAAACCACUGCCUGCAAACUUCUACCUAUUUCACAAGGUUGUGCUCUUUAAUGUACAUAUGAAAAGUUCUGUAUAGUCUUGUAAAUAUCUUAAGAAUUUUGUUAUCUAUGUUGUGUAUUACACACACUUAAUUGACAUUUAUUCAUAAUGAAAAAGACAUUUCAAUGUUUCACUUUCAUUCUUAGUAAAGGAUUCCUUCCAAAACACAUUCUAAUGUAUGUACCAGUUGACAAUACAAGAUGUAGAUUUGUUUUCUAUCUUUCUUUAAUGAUCAUCUUAAAGGAACUGACAUCAUUACCUUCACUUAUUUCAAGUUGUACUGUACUUAAAAAAAUCUCCUCUCACGACUGCUACAAAAUGCUGCAUUUUGUUUUGCUGUUGUGAAUAUUUACGCCAUUGUGUGCCUGAUCAGUGUGUAUGUUGCAUGUGAAACACUGCUGGCAGUGUUCUGGGAUUUUAUGAAAGUUUUGUCAUCUGCAAAUAUGUGUUGUAUUAAAAUUGCAUAUCACACAAGCCUGUAGAAUUAGAAACAUCUGUU